ACUACACGGCGGUAGUGUCCUGUGGGCAGGGAUUUGAGAAAAAGUUUGUACUUUGUAGGUCUCCUUUUAUCGUUAAUCGUUUUAAAACCCUACACACUCUUUCAUCGUCUCUCUUGGAGCCUUGGGACUUAGGUUUAUCAAACGAUCAAUUCUUUAAAGUUGCCGGCAAACUAUCAUCAACAGGAAACCCUCGAGGAUUUUCCAAAAUUUCAACAAAGAAUGGUUGAAGAAGCAGGGACGGAAGCUCUAGUUGAUGAAGAUUUCCCUCUUUUCUCCCGAAAUUUCACCCCCAAAUCCUCUAAACAACAACCCUCUUCUGUCACCGAAAACCCUCAACUUCAUUCUCACAAACUAGAGAAAUCAACAAAUCCCCAAAGCACUUCCUGCAGUUUCUCCGAUCUGGGUCUUGCCGAAUGGGCUGUUCAGACCUGCAAGGAGCUCGGGAUGAAGAAACCGACUCCAGUUCAACAACACUGCAUUCCUCGAAUUCUCGCUGGGGAGGAUGUUCUGGGUUUAGCACAGACUGGUAGUGGAAAGACGGCAGCUUUUGCAUUGCCGAUACUGCAUCGGCUUGGAGAGGAUCCGUAUGGCGUGUUUGCAUUGGUGCUGACGCCGACGAGGGAGCUGGCGUACCAGUUAGCCGAGCAAUUUAGAGCUCUUGGGUCGUGCUUGCACCUCCGUUGUUCUGUGGUAGUUGGUGGAAUGGACAUGCUUAAUCAGGCGCAGAAGCUGAUGCAGCGGCCACAUGUCGUGAUUGCGACGCCGGGGAGGAUUAAAGUCCUGCUUGAGGAGAAUUCGGAUCUUCCUGCAGUGUUCUCCAAGACCAAGUUUCUAGUUUUGGACGAGGCAGAUAGAGUUUUGGAUGUCGGUUUUGAAGAAGAAUUGAAAGUGGUAUUCCAAUGCUUGCCCAAAGCUCGGCAGACGCUCCUGUUUUCUGCAACAAUGACUAGCAACUUAGAAACAUUACUGGAGGUUUCUGCAAAUAAGGCAUAUUUUUAUGAGGCAUAUGAGGGUUUUAAGACGGUUGAAUCUCUCAAACAACAGUACUUAUUUAUGCCCAAAAAUGUGAAAGAUGUUUAUCUCCUGCACAUUUUGUCAAAAAUGGAGGAGAUGGGUAUCCGUUCCGCCAUCAUAUUUGUUUCCACCUGCAGGAGUUGUCACCUACUGAGUUUAUUAUUGGAAGAGCUUGAAAAGACAGCUUCAGCUUUGCAUUCAUUCAAGUCGCAGUCUCUAAGGCUUGCUGCACUACAUAAAUUCAAGUCUGGUCAGGUUCCUAUUUUGCUGGCAACAGAUGUAGCUAGCCGUGGUUUGGACAUUCCAACAGUUGAUCUUGUUAUCAACUAUGAUAUUCCAAGGUAUCCACGGGACUACAUUCAUCGUGUGGGACGUACUGCAAGAGCUGGCAGAGGUGGGCUAGCUGUAAGCUUUAUUACUCAGAGCGACAUAGAACUUAUUCAUGAAAUAGAGGCCGUCAUUGGUAAACAACUGGAGCUGCUUGAAUGUAAAGAGAAUGAAGUGCUUGCUAAUAUCACAGAGGUGUACAAAGCAAGACGUGUUGCAACAAUGAAGAUGAUGGAUGAUGGGUUUGAGGAGCAGGAAAAAGCACGUAAAGCCCAAAAGCUGAAGACAUUAGCUGAGAAAGGGUUAUUGAAGAAAAGGAAUAGGAAGAGAAAAAGGGAAAAAUCUGCCAAAAGAAAGGAGUAAAAAUUGGAAAUUCCAGGAUUAAAUGAAUUGCAAGAUCAAGGAUAUUGAAUGAAGAGGUAAAUUUUAACCUAUGAAAGAGCUUAUGGGACCGCCUAUAGGAGGUGAAGUUAAGCUCUGAGCCGAAGUUAACAGGAGCUAUAGGAUGAAAAUCCUCUCGUAUAGAAAGAAGUCUUCAAUGCAAGACACCAAAUCUAUGGCAACUGUAAAGUAAUGGUGAACCCUAAGCCAUGAUUGGAUUUUUUUUUUGGGGUUGUGGCUUUGUUGGAGGGACCAUGUAUUUGAUUCGUUGAUUCUUCAUGCAUAAGUCUGCUGAUUGUCUGCAGUCAAUCAGAUUAUCAAGCUAUUGAUAAAUAUCUGUACAUCUUGAGCUGGACAUGGUCCCUAUGGAGAUUGAAGAUCAGAUAAUUUGACUCUAAGACAGCAGAGUUGAGACAAGUUUAUUUCACAUGGACCUGUAAUUGGAUCGGGUGUGGGUUGAAUUGAACUACAAUCGACCCAUUCAACCAUCAACCCUUUUUACCACCUAUUUGCGUAUAGCCUAAAUGGGUGCGAUCCACUUCACUCACACUUAACCUAAAUGGGUGGGGGUGGAUUACGUGGAUUGGGUCAUAAGUUGGAAUUGCUACCUUCACAAUAGCUCUAUUGAUAAUUUGAUGCA